AUGAGUGUGUUUAAAUCUGCAAUGGGGUACUUCAGCUCUGCAAGUGCCAACGGGGGCAGUGAUAAUGAUUUUGUUGGCCAAUUUGUUGAAAUUGGUAAUAUGAAGCUUCGUGUAAAAAAAGUAAUAGCUGAGGGUGGUUUUGCAUUUGUUUUUGUUGCUCAAGAUGUUGCUACUGGUACUGAAUAUGCAUUAAAGAGGCUAAUGGCAGCAGAUGAGCAAGCUAAUAAAAAUAUUAUACAAGAAAUUAGUUUACUUAAGAAACUUUCUGGACACCCCAAUAUAAUCAAAUAUAUAGCUGCCUCUUUUAUAGAUAAGACAAAAACAAGUCAUGGAAUGAGUGAAUAUCUACUAUUAACAGAUUUGUGUAGUGGAGGGAGCUUAAUGGAAGCCCUACAACAUAAGGGGCAGGCUUUUCCAUUACCAACAAUAUUAAGAGUGUUCUAUCAAACAUGUAAGGCGGUGCAUCAUAUGCACAACCAAGUCCCUCCUAUAGCUCAUCGAGAUCUCAAAUUAGAAAAUUUUCUUAUAUCUAAUGAAGGCACAAUAAAGCUGUGUGAUUUUGGGUCUGCAACAACUGAAGUCUAUAGCCCUAAUCCAUCCUGGAGUGCUAACCAAAGAAAUAUGUUAGAAGAAAAUUUGGCCCAAUUUACAACUCCAAUGUAUAGAGCACCGGAAAUGCUAGAUACUUGGGAUAAUAGGAAAAUUGACCAUGCAGUUGAUGUUUGGGCACUCGGUUGUAUAUUAUACACACUGUGCUAUAUGCAACACCCGUUUGAAGACUCUGCAAAGCUUGCUAUACUUAAUGGAAAUUAUACCUUAAACCCAAAUGACCAGAAAUAUAAAUGUUUCCAUGAAAUUAUAAGUGGUUGCCUUACCGUGAACCCCGAAGUGCGACUAUCGAUAAGUGGAGUGCUGGAGCGGCUGGCCGCCAUAGCCGAGACACAAAACAUCAAUAUCAAGCAACCACUCAAAUUUGAGCGUAAAAAAGUUGAACAAUCUGUGGCCACUAGCUCGCCAGGUGGAAAGGAUAAUGGUCCGAGCGUUCCCGAAGCACCGAACCCCCGGCCCCCAGAGCCAAGUAGGCCUCCGCCACCGGCUAGACCUCCAGCGGCGCCCCAUUACAUGCCCCCGCAAGUUCCAGCUUCAGGCGGUCUAUUUUCAUCAAUCAAAGAUGGAGCUGGUAGCUUUCUCAAAAAUCUGAAGGACACCUCGUCGAAAGUUAUGCAGACUGUUCAACAGUCCAUAGCAAGGGCUGAUUUGGAUAUUAGCUAUAUAACAAGUCGUGUUAUUGUUAUGUCCUACCCUUCGGAUUUACUCGAGAGUGCUUACAAAACUAACCAUAUUGAAGAUGUUAGAUUAUAUCUCGAAAGCCACCACCCAGGUGGAAAAUACUGUGUCUAUACAGUUCACGAUGCGAAGGCCAGGUUUCCGAGACGACAGCUAGUGACGGACACAUCUGUGUGGCCCACUGAGGAACAUCGAGCGCCUUUAUUGGCACCGUAUUACGCGUUGUUACAACAUAUGUAUCAGUAUUUGGGAAAGGACGAUAAAAGUGCGCUCGUUAUUGCGUGUCCGGAUGGUAAAUCAAGAUCGGCGAUGCUUCUAUGUGGUCUCCUUCUAUACGCGAAAUUAGUAACGGUCCCCGAAGACGCGCUACAAAUAUUUGCUGUGAAGCGAUCGCCUAUUAAUAUGUCGCCAAGUCAGCUGCGAUACUUAUACUACCUUCAUAAUAUAGUCAGACCCGAACCUGUGUUACCACAUUUUAGACCAGUAUCUUUAGUUUCGUUAACCAUUCAACCAGUGCCAUUAUUUACGAAAGCCAGGGAUGGCUGUCGACCCUACCUCGAAGUGUAUAACGAAGAUAGACUUAUAUCUCCUCCGCUGCGAGGCUACGAAAGCUUACAUUUGUACAAUAUGGCGGAAGGAAAGGUAACACUGCCCUUGGAUGCCACAGUGUCUGGUGACGUGGUAGUGGUAGCAUACCACGCGCGACAACAGCUCGGACGACUCCAACGAGUUCCGAUGCUUUCCGUCUCCUUCCAUACCGGUUUCUUGGCGUACGACCAGCACAUUAUUAAAUUUACUAGAUCUGAAAUAGACGGCAUAGACGAAGCAUCACCCGUGAAUGACCACUUUUCAUCGAACGUGUCAGUGGUUAUAAGCCUAGUGGUUCAAAAUGGCGAACGCCGCAAACCACGAAGCGAUGUGUGGGAAGAAGACCAUUCCUUCCCCAUACGAACGUCCGACGUAUUAUUCUCUUCUACGUUGGAGAGAGAUGAAACUGUUGAUAACUUUGCUAAUCUCCGAAGCAACCCGCCGGCGGUACCGCCCACAAUCACAGCGGACUAUCCUCCGAGGGAAGCGGAGAAGCCGCCUCGUCCCGCACCCCCCUCCCCGCAAAGAAACUUCGCGCCAAAAGAAGCCGUCCCAGAUACAGAUUUCCUCAAUAUAGCGAAACAAGGGGAAGCUAAACCGAAACAAUUGAAAAGCGAAGAUUCGUUUGAUUUCUUCGGAAUGAUGGAGAAACCGGCUGAUGAGAGCUUUGGCGAUUUCUUGAGUAAAAAGAUUGAAGAUAAUCCACAGUCACAAGAAGUGUCUUAUGAAAUAAAAUUACCUUCUGGUUAUAUAAAGAACCCUAAUAAAGACCUAGACGUUUGUUCGAAUAAGCUAGAUACUAUUUUGCGUUACAUUUCUGAAUUAAAUGAAAAACCUGAUAAACAAUUAUAUAAACGAUUAGUUUCACGCUUGUCUCAUAUUGUAAAUAGGUUAAAUUUAAUGGAACCUUUAGAUGAAAUUGAUAAGGACAAGCGUACAGUUCUUAUAGAUAAGGCUAUCGUUCUUCUAUCUGAAUUAGAAAAUAAGUACGAGAUAGAGGAUGAUGAUAAGAUAACUUCUGAAAUGAAAGAACUUUUACAUAAGUCGAUCGGUGAGGAUAGUAAAAAAGUUUUAAAUGAAAUUGAUAACGAUUGUCCAAGUACAUCAAUUGGGGAAUAUAAAACUACACUACCUAAUAAUGACAAUAUAGCUUUAUUGAAUCAACAAAAACGGGUUAGUUUUGGACACGAUAUAUUUGAGGAAGGUCAUCUUUCUGACAAGUUUAUUAAUUUGCCUUUAAAUUCUACGUCGCGUGAAGAUUAUAAUACAAUUCGUAAAAAUAAACUUGUGCCAAUUAGUCAAUGCGGGGUUUAUUUUUCCGGCGAUGGUAAGUUUAGUGUAAAUGCUUUCAUUGAGCGUGUGUUCGAACUCAAAGAUGCUAGAAAUGCUACAGAUGAAGAUCUUUGGAGGCAUGCUAUAGAUUUCUUUAAAGGAGACGCCUUAAUUUGGUUUCGUGCCAACAGAGAAUAUAUUAGAAACUGGGAGGAAUUAGUGUCAAUACUGAAGCGUACGUUUCAAUCCCCUUUUUAUCAGGAAGAGUUGUUGGCAGAGGCCAGGUCAAGAACUCAAGGUAGUAAUGAAUCUGUUUUAAUAUUUGUUUCGGUCAUGCAAAAUUUAUUUAAUCGGUUACCAAUCAAAAUUACAGAAAGAGAAAAGAUUUCGGUUUUUGUUAAGAAUCUUCAGCCAUAUUUUCAAAGGGCAGUCUGUAGGGAUGAGUUUGAUUCGGUUGCUGAUUUAAGUAAUAUUCUUAGAGUGGUGGAAAGAACAAAGAUUAAUUGUGAUAAAUUUCAAGAACCAAAAAGUUGUCUCAAUUAUUUAGAACCGGAUUUAGCUUAUCAAAAUCCUAAAGGAAAUAUAACGGACGAGUUAAAUUAUAUUAAAAGUAAUAAAAGCAUGAUGAAAAUUGUUAAGAGUAUGAGGUGUUGGAAUUGUCGAGAACCAUUUUCUGAGAACAUAUUCGGAGAUUUGCCCCCACCGCCGACCAGUGUGGCACCAAACGCCAAUUCCAGUGAUCUCAAUUUCGAUCCGUUUGGCUUAAAUGAUCCUUUGCCGAAACAAGAACCGCUGUUAACUCCGCAAUUGAUUAAGGAAGAAGGUCGUUCUCAAAGCGUUCCAUUAGAAAAGGCGCAAGCGAGAAAUGAUCCUUUUGCUGAUCUAGGUUCUUUGGGGACAGGAUUAAAUAAUCCUCCCAACGUAACACCGAACGUCGCCCAACCAACACCAACGGCCCCUGCGUUUGCCAGCGUCGGUCCUUCCCCAACGACUACUGGAACCGCGUUCGCGAACGUUGGCCCGACCCCUCCAACUAAUCCAACCGCAUUUGCCAAUGUUGGCCCUUCGCCAUUGGUUACUCCCAGAGCGUCUCCUGCGCAUACUCCGUCGCAUCGGGCGCAUACGCCACAACAGCCUGAUUAUAGCCGAAGCCAUUUCGAUGCACCAAAACCAGCCGAGGAGAAAGUUAAGAAGCCGGGGGAUGUGUUCGGAGACCUUCUUGGAAGUCAGGGAUACGACUUCGCGAAACGUGACUCCGGUCCGAAGACAAUGAACGCCAUGAGGAAAGAGGAAAUGGUGAAAGAAAUGGACCCGGAAAAGCUGAAGAUUAUCGAUUGGACGGAGGGCAAGAAGGCAAACAUCCGCGCCCUGCUCUGUUCGUUGCAUACAGUCGUGUGGGAAGACUGUCGGUGGACACGCUGCGACAUGUCCCAGCUGGUGACUCCCGCAGACGUCAAACGAAACUAUAGGAAGGCGUGUCUCGCUGUACAUCCUGAUAAGCAAAUGGGCACUCCGAACGAAAAUAUAGCAAAAAUGAUAUUUAUGGAACUAAAUAACGCAUGGAGUGAGUUCGAGAAUGACACCAAACAACAAAAUCUAUUCCAGACAUAA